AACCGCGCGCCACCUCAAAUCAGUGUCCCGGACACUGCAAGUGGCAGCCCUAACUAAUUAAUCGCCAUCUACGGAUACCUAACCAACCUACCUACCUGCCUACCUUACGGCACAAGGAAGCUUUUAUGCAGUAGUUCACGGCCAUCUUCGGUGGUUCUCACUCAUGCGCCUCGACAUGGCUCUCCCAUGUCCCAACAACCAUCAUGUCCAUUAAGCCCCUGCCCGAAGACGUCAUCCGCCGCAUGAGGUCGUCUGCCACCGUGACCUCCAUCAACGGUGUUGUCUGCGGCCUCGUCAAGAACUCCUUGGAUGCAGGUGCCACCAGACUCAAAAUCACCAUAGACUAUUCCCGUGGCAAUUGCAUCGUCGAGGACGAUGGUUCGGGCAUUCUACCCGUCGAAUUUCGAGAGACGGGCGGGCUUGGCAGACUGCACCGUGAGUUGGCGGCACCAUGUCACCCAGUCGACCCGCAUCCGCUAACGCCCACUUAGACACAUCCAGACACGCACCUGAAUUUGAGUGCCACGGCGUCAACGGCAGCUUCCUCGCCUCGGUAGCUGCUCUAUCUCUCUUGACCAUCACCUCUCAUCACCAUCUGCACAACUCGCAAAACUCACUCACCAUCCACAAUUCGCGUGUCUUGGCCCGUAACAUCCCCGCACUGCCAGAACAGCGUCUGGUCGCUUUCAACCAUGGCACCCGUGUUACCGUUAGAGACCUUUUCGGCUCCAUGGCCGUUCGAGUCAAGCAGAGAGCUGCGGCCUCCGAGAAGGCCGCCAUCGACAGGGAAUGGGGUCGCUUGGUGCACGAUGUCGUUGUCAUCCUGUUGGCUUGGCCGUCCGACGUGGCCCUCUUCGUCCGAGACACCGUCAACAGCAACGAGACACACUUUAGGCCCACCGCCACCCCCAGGUCGGAAAUAUUGACUCGUUCAUCACGAAUUCUGGCUCAGUCGGGUCUUGUAGACGGCUUGGGCCAAGCGCCCUGGACUCCCAUCGGAGCGUCUGUAGGGAAACUGAGCAUUCAAGGAUGCAUAUCCUUGAACCCGGCGGCCACCCGGCGAGCUCAGUUCAUCAGCUUUGGUAUCCACCCUGUGACUAACGAACAUGGGACAAAGGUCUUGUACAACGAGGUCAACCGUGUCUUCAUCAAAUCUGGUUUUACUGAAGAGGAGGAGGUAAAGGAGGAUGUGGCCAUUUCCAGCGACUCGCCCCUGGCAACAUGGGGCGCGUCUUCGGGCAAAAUUACCCGGUCAAAGCGUGGUUUGGAACGGUGGCCCAUGUUCUACUUCCGAAUCAGCUCUACCUCGCGAACACGCCCGCUUCUAAGCUCCUCCAUUGAGGAUCUUCUUGAUGCCCGUAAUUGCACCCUUGCCGAUAUCAUCGACCUACUCAAGCUGGUCUGCUACGAGUUCUUGAAAAAACACCACUUUCGUCCACACAAGGUCACCACUUCACUUCGCGGAUCUUCGAAACACAAGCAGAAAGAUGAGCUCGGCGCAGCGUACUCGCGGGAAGAAGACAACCGGCCAUUGGCGGCCUCGUUGCCAUCUAGCCGGUCCAACUCUGUCACGCCUAUAUCGAGAUCGCAAUCUCCUUUUGAUCUGUGGCAACGAGUGAAGGUCGGACGAGUACUGGAAGGCAAGUGGAAAUCAGGUACAUCGACUCCUACAUCAUCUGAAGCCUCCCGUGCAAAACCCGUGACGCCUCUUUCGGAGGAGGACUUGGGGGGUUCCGGGGCUUUACAGCCCAGCUUGCGAUUUCUUGACGAUUCGGGGAAUCUGUUGCGCAAACCCUUUGAAGACUUGGAUGCGAAUUUCGCCUCGAAGGGGAAUGAGCCAAGAGAGCGCGGCUGUGUGCGUCCACUGAGCCCCGCCACUGACGAUCAGGUCCAUUCACACCGUGAAACUUCGGGCCACAUAAUGGAUGGUGGCCAAGUUUCGCCUUUGGAAGAGCCCUUAGGUGCAUCCCAAACGCCAAAAGCCAUUGACCCAGAGCCUCUCUCCUCAUCCCAGUUCUUCGCGGCAAGCCGCAAUCAGUCACAGCGGCAGGAACCUAGCGAAUGGCUCAAAGGGCUGCUUUCUCAAUGGGAAAACCCAGUCUUCCAGCCUGCUGAGCCUCCCGUGCCUCGCCUCAACGAAGGGACAAUGGGAGGGCCCCAUCGAGUAGCGAUGCAAUCCCUCGACCUAGACGCCGAGUGCACCCAUGGAACCCACACGUCCAACAUCAAACUGUCCGGGCGCAUAUCCAAAGCUGCCCUGGCGGACGCGGAGGUGGUCUCGCAAGUUGACCAGAAGUUCAUUCUGGUAAAACUGAGACGAGAUCAGGUUUCCGGCAGCGGUCGACCUGACUCGCAAUUCAAUUCCGUUCUGGUCCUUGUGGAUCAGCACGCUGCUGAUGAGAGAUGCCGACUUGAGUCUUUGAUGCGCGACUACUUCCGUCCGGCGAAAGGGUCGGGGGAGGUGAUUGCAAAGACAGAAACGCUGCAGAAGCCUUUGCGAUUCGAGUUCUCGGCCAAAGAAUGCAAAAUGCUGCGCAAGUAUAAUUAUCAUUUUCGCCGAUGGGGUGUAUUCUAUGAGAUAGAGGAGUCCGAGGAGGCUCAGUGGCGGCACAGGAGCAAACAGCUCUCAAAGGUGGACGUAACAGGUCUGCCACCGAGCAUUCUCGAGAGGUGCCGGUCAGAGCCGAGAUUGCUCGCCGAACUACUUCGUCAGGAGGUAUGGAGGGCUGAAGAAGGGGAAGUGCCUCCGGUUCGACCCUUGACCCUCGCCAACGGAGGCCUCGGUCACGAUAUUGACUGGGUGUCCAACUUUCACGGGUGUCCCCAAGGAAUUCUCGCCUUGCUCAACUCGAGAUCCUGUCGCAGCGCCAUCAUGUUUAAUGAUGUUCUGUCCAAAGACGAAUGCAAGUCUCUUGUUUUGCGUCUCAGUCGAUGCUCGUUUCCUUUUCAAUGUGCGCAUGGGAGACCAUCCAUGGUACCUCUGGUUGAUAUGAGAACAUUGAAUAUGAACCAUGAAUCACACCUAGACAGUUUUGGAAGCCGAUUAAAGCAAUCCGGCAUGACAAAGUAAAACGUAAUAACCGGCGUUUGGGAUGACAGAGGCUGCUUUAAAGAUACCCUACAGGAAAUUUGCGUCUAUAGAAACAUUACUUCUGAAGCCAUGGCCCGGCUUAAACGGUGUACACAUCGGUAUUUCACAUGAAGCUAGACACCAAAGUCUUGCUACACAUCCCUAAGUAGACAUGCUUUGAUGGACG